AUGGGAAGCAGAGUGAAGGAGCAAAGGACUGACUAUUGGGGCGGCCAUCAGGCUGGAAGUGGGGAACAAAGGCAUCCGGCUGCCGGGCCGUCCAUGGCUGCCAUCGUGUGUAUGAGCGUGUAUGAGUGUAUAAAACCACAUGUGCAGGGGCAGGUUGCAGAGGGAAACCCUGGCUCUGAAAAUUCGUUGUCUCCUGAGUUCCAGGCUGUGGGUUUUAUUGAGAGAACGGAGACUGCUGGUGAAUUCCCAAGGGGGUUAAUUGGCGUUUUAUCAAGCCAGCUUUCAUUGUGUCUGCUUAAUAUUCUUCUCUCCAAGCUUCCCACCAGACUGCAAAAGCUGAGCUGCAACAUUCUGAACAGCAGUCCAGCUGUGAGGGGAGGUGCCCGUGGCAGGCCUCAGCUGACCCCAGAGAGGCCGUUAAGACCUGGCUGUCGCCUCCACAGUUGCUCAGAGGCAGAGAAGGGUGGCUUUGUAAGAAGAAGAGAACAGAUCACUCUCUUUCCACCAUGUGAGGACCCAGCAAGAAGGUGGCUGUCUGCAAGCCCAGGGAGAGAGCCCUCACCAGGAAUCUGCUGGCACCUUAAUCUUGGACUUCCCAGCCUCCACAACUGUAAGAAAUAA